AUGGGCUCUGACACGGUCGGAAUGGCCCCGCCGUCGGGCUUCAUCCCUGGAACGGUCCACUUGGUAGAUCUUGAGGGUACGAUGGCCCCACGGCACGCUGAGGGUAGUGGAAAAGACAUCGUUCUGAUUCCGACGCCAUCAAAUGACCCGGACGACCCUUUGAAUUGGAGCCCUCGAAGAAAGUAUCAGCUCCUAGCAUGCAUAUGCGUUUACUGCCUCGCCGUUGGCAUCGCAUCAGCCGCGAUCUACUCAGUCCUUGUGCCGAUAUCCACCGCGACCGGUCUGACCCUCGCAGAUUUGAACUCCGGAACCGGCUACAUGUUUCUUGCAUUUGGUUGGGGCUGUCUGAUAUGGCAACCGCUUGCCCAGAAGUUUGGCAAACGUCCAGUAUACUUGUUUACUCUACUAGGAAGCAUGGCAACCCAGGCCAUCAUGUUGUGGGCACCAUAUGCCACCACGGGCAGUAAUUGGAUUGCGAAUAAAGUAUUGCAGGGAGCUAUCGGUGCGCCCAUAGAAUCUCUGUGCGAGAUAUCCAUUGCCGAUGUGUGGUUCACACACGAGAGAGGCACUUACAUGGGCUUCUAUGCCUUGUUCUUGGUGGGAAGUAACUUCCUUGCACCAGUCAUUGCCGGAUUCGUCAAUGACGGCCAAGGUUGGGAAUGGGUCUUGUACUGGUGUGCUAUCUUCUGCGGGGCUGGCUUCGCCAUCUGUUUCUUCUUCAUGGAAGAGACCAAUUAUCAACGCAUGGACGUUUUGACGGCCGAACCCUAUCAAGUGGACUACACACCAUCAGCACUUGAGAAGGGGUCCAAAGAUCCAUCCGACUCAGAUCGAGUAGCGCCUGUUCAGACGCCUCCCAGCCUCGUGCCGACUAUGACAAAGAAGUCAUACCUCGACAAGCUCAAAAUGUUCAGAAAACAGGACAUCAAUCAUCACGCUUCACUUGUAGAGAUGGUGAUCAGACCAUUCCUCUACUUCCAAUUUCCAUCAAUCGUAUUCGCAGGCUUCAUGUAUGGAGCUGUUGUUUGUUAUUUCAAUGUUCUGAAUGGCACUGCAUCGUUGAUCUUAUCGAGCUCGCCUUACAACUUCAGAUCAAGCAUUGUCGGAUUGUCUUACAUAUCCUGCUUGAUCGGCGUCGGCAUUGGAACAGUGUACUCGGGGCUUUUUGGCGACAAGUUCGUCAUCUGGAAGGCACGUCGUAACAACGGAAUAAUGGAACCUGAGUUCCGUUUGUGGCUCUUCACAGCACUAUUGAUCUGCAUCCCAGGUGCUCUUCUCCUCUGGGGCGUCGGGGCCGCGCACGAAGUCCACUGGUUUGGCUUGGUUUUUGCAAUGGGUGUCUUCGGUGCAGCUAUCACUGCCGGCAGCCAGCUUUCGAUCAGCUAUUGCAUCGACUGCUACAAGGAGUUGGGCGAAGAUGCCAUUGUCACCGUCAUCUUGAUCCGCAACACCAUGUCUUUUGCCGUUUCCUAUGGCAUAACUCCUUGGGUCGAAAAUAUGGGGUACCAAAACGCGUUUUUAGUUGCUGCGUUUGCUGCUUUGGCGCAGAUCUCGUCGUACUUUGCCAUGAUCAAAUGGGGUCGACAGAUUCGUGCAGCGAGUGUCACCCGGUAUUGGAAGUACUGCCAGAAAGAGUAG